GCCAUGAUCUUGAAAAUGAAGUUGACGGAUCAUGUCCUUCGGAGUUUUCGUGUCGCUAAAGUGUUUAGAGAGAACAAUGAUCGCAUCAAUUACAUGAACUUUAACCCAAAUGGCGAAACUUUAAUCUCAAGUAGUGAUGAUGAUUCUAUUGUGAUCUAUGACUGUCAAAACGGAACGCCGAAAAGAACCCUAAACAGUAAAAAAUACGGAGUUGACCUCAUCCAGUUUACACACGCACCAAAUGCAGCUAUUCACAGUUCAACAAAAGUUGAUGACACAAUUCGUUAUUUAUCGUUACAUGACAACAAAUAUAUAAGGUAUUUCCAAGGUCACACAAAAAAAGUAGUGACUUUAAGUGCCUCCCCAAUCGACAAUAAAAUUCUGUCCGGAUCUUUGGAUAAAACGUUGAUGUUAUGGGACACUCGGGCAGAGAAGCAUCAGGGUUUGAUGCAUCUGACAGGACGACCUGUGGCAGCCUUUGAUCCUGAAGGCCUCAUCUUUGCUGCAGGGAUCAACAGUGAAGCAGUCAAGUUAUAUGAUGUGCGGUCCUUUGACAAGGGUCCUUUUGCAACAUUCAAACUGCAGCAAGACAAAGAUUGUGACUGGACAGGCUUGAAGUUCAGUCCGGAUGGUAAACUUAUCCUCAUAUCAACGAAUGGGUCGACAAUUCGGGUGAUUGAUGCGUUUGUUGGCUCUCCGUUACAAACAUUCAUGGGAGUACCCAACAACAAGGGAAUCCCAAUUGAAGCAUCCUUUAGUCCCGACUCUCAGUUUGUGUUCAGUGGCUCCACUGAUGGCAAGAUCUAUUGCUGGAAUACAGAGACGGGGUCUCGUAUUGCUAUCCUCAAUGCAGAGCACUCUGGUCCGGUGCAGUGUGUCCAGUUUAAUCCCAAAUACAUGAUGCUGGCUAGUGCCUGUGUAAACAUGGGUUUCUGGUUGCCUCAACUGGAUGAGUGAACACACUGCAUUCAACAUCAAUAUAGGAAGGACAAAAAUGAGAUUUCUUCAUCGUCUCAUUCAUACUAAUAAAUGUCUCAUCAAAGCAUCGCACCACUGCCAGAACGAGAGGGGUUGUACAGGAGAAGUUGCUGACUUGCUGUAAAUGCAUUGGUAGUUCAAAUGUGUAGAACUUUUGAGUGCAUUUGUAGCUAUAUGUAUAGUGUUGGACAACUUUAGAAGUAUGUGCAUGUACCAGUAGUGUGUGCAUACGUAUGCCAGAGCAUUACCAGAAACAGCAAGGACAUGUUAGUUAUUGAAAAUUGGAUGUACGUGUAUCAUCAAGUGGACUGGGUUCCACGGUUGGAUAGAGAGUGUUGUCAAUUGUUGGAAUUCAUCUACUGCCUGUAAAAUGCCUUUUAAUUUUACUUAUGAUGUUGUACCGUGGAUCGGUUUUGACUAGAAUGUAGUGGAAAGCAAAUUUUGAUAGAUUAUUCUGUUAUUCUCUAAACUAUGGACCUUUUUUGUCCUAAAGCAAAGAUUGUUAAACACCUCAUUGAUACCAUUGAAAACCGUCGUUUCAAAAGUACCAAGUCUGUCUUCAUUCAGUACAUGUAAACGAGGCAAUGUUGUCCCAUUUCAAAGUCUUAAUAUUUGUGGCACAUACAUGCAUAUGUAUUGAAUUGUAAAGCAGGGACAAGCUGGCCUACCUCAUUGAAAUAGUGCGUACAUGUGGCAUUUCUUGUUUAUAGCAAUUACACCAUCAGAUGUUCAUGUGGACUGUUAGUAAGAUUUGACUUAAAUCUACACGGUGGCCAGACAGAAUUUUUAGAUGACCCAUAUAUUUUCUAAUUUUCAUGAAAACUAACCGCUACAGCUUCUGACUAGAAGCGGCAAUGUUUUGUUAAAUUGUGGCACUCCGUAGAGUCUAAAGAGGCAAGUGCUUUUUCGUAUUGAUCAUGUUGACUGUAGUGAGUAGGAGUCUUCAGCAUUGUACAUUCUUCUUGUGAACUGAUCUUAAUGAACUUAGAAUAUUGAUUCAAGGUGUGGUGCAUAAUUUCCUUGGACCUGAUUCACCUGAAUGCAUAUGCUUGCACACAGUGUUUAAUCACUAAAAGCUCUUCCACGUGAUGGGAUUGAGCUUUCAUUGGGUGAAUUACAUGUCGAGGGCGAUUUGGCAUCAUCCACCUUGGCCGCGUAAUGAUUUACAUACUGUUAAGAUAUUCUUUUACUUUUGUACAUGUAUGACAAAAUAUCAGAAAUGGUAUAA